AGAAAGAAAGAGAAAUGAAAAAGAAACCCCACUCCAUGCGCAUUCAUGUCCUUACCAGCUGCUCUCUCUACUCUCUACCUGCAACUAAUCAUCUUUCAUCACCACUUUCCACAUCUAUCAUCUCUGGACCUCUGAUCUUCUUCUUACCUCUAACUAUAUGUUUGAAAAGGACUUUUACUGAAAGAGAAUGUCGGAUGAUGAAGGAGGAGAAGAGUACCUGUUCAAAGUGGUUAUAAUCGGAGAUUCAGCAGUCGGAAAAUCGAAUCUGCUAUCUCGAUAUGCUCGAAACGAGUUCCAUCCCCACUCUAAGGCGACGAUCGGCGUUGAAUUCCAGACACAGAGUAUGGAGAUUGAUGGAAAGGAGGUGAAGGCUCAGAUUUGGGAUACUGCUGGUCAAGAACGAUUUCGUGCUGUUACCUCCGCUUACUAUCGCGGUGCUGUCGGUGCUCUUGUUGUUUAUGAUAUCACUCGUCGAACCACAUUUGAUAGCAUUGGCCGUUGGCUUGAUGAACUUAAAACACAUUCUGAUACAAGUAUUGUAAAGAUGUUGGUGGGGAACAAAAGUGAUUUGAAGAACAUAAGGGCUGUGAGUGUGGAAGAAGCAAAAACCCUAGCAGAAACAGAGGGUCUAUUCUUUAUGGAGACUUCAGCUCUCAACUCUACAAAUGUUAGACAAGCUUUCGAAUCGGUUAUUAAAGAGAUCUAUGGAAACAUGAGCAGGAAGGUAUUGAAUUCCGAUGAUGCGUACAAGGCAGAAUUAUCUGGCAACAGGAUAAAUCUCGUUAAAAACGGCGAAGAUGAUCCAAGCUCGUAUCAAUUCUUUUCUUGCUGUUCGAGGUAAAUUGUUUAUCAUCAGCUAAACUUUGCAUACAUAUAAUUGAUUAAAUUCCUUGUAAUGAAACCAUCAAUGAACAUGUAGAAACCCUAAAAUGAAUUGUAUUGUUCUUAAACCAAUAGAAUUUCUUUCUAUAUGAUAAUUAUCAUUGCUGUU